CAGGCUCGACCCCUAUGAUCUAAAUAGGUCAAUCAUGUGGUACCGCAAUUUUACAGAUUAAGACAAGUCACCUUAUCCGCAAAAACUUCCUCCGAGUAUGAUCUUUUUGUAAAAUCUUUGUAAAGUUGUUGAUCACAACACUUGGGUUACGAUGACCGCUGAAAGUGAGGAUAUAAACAAUCGGACGACGUUCAUCGACCUACUAAACAAAUACUCACGGCUUGACCAGAUCAAGCAUUUCACUGUUCGUACAGAGGAAAUAGAAUUGGCAUCAGUUGGAGAUGGAAAUUUGAACGAUGUGAUAAGGGUUAAAAACGCGUCUAAAAGCGUCAUUCUUAAAAGUGCACCUCCAUAUAUCAAGUGUCUGGGUCCCGAGUAUCCCCUGGAUCCAUGUCGAGGCCAGACUGAAUAUGAAGCUCUCCGUAUUUUCUCAGAUUUGGCGCCUGGAUGUGUACCCCAGCCAUAUUUCUAUGACAAAGAAUCAAAAACUAUGUGUAUGGAUGACUUAACCACAUAUACGGAUUUCCGUAAGCAGCUCAUAGAUGGCGUUUGUAGUUUGGAGGCGGUUAAGAAAUUAGCCAGAGGGAUAGGCAAAGUUCACAAUCAAUCACAUCUCGCCAAAGUUGGCGAGCAAAGCUUUUCCCAACUCAAACAGAAAUUCCCAGAUACUGAACUGGUUUCCUUAACGGAGCAGUAUAUUUUCACGAAACCUUUCGACAAGUCGGACAGCAACAACAGACUCUCGGAAGACAUCAGCUCUAGUCUCCCUCAGCUCUACGAUAAUCCCCGAGUCUUGGAGGCAGCGGAUGUUAUGAAGAACAUCUUCCUGACAAAGAAAGAGUGUCUUCUGCACGGCGACCUACAUACAGGUUCUGUGAUGGUUGACGGUGGGAAUUCAAAAAUGAUUGAUUUGGAAUUUGCCUACAUGGGACCCCCAGCGUUUGAUAUCGGGGUUCUCCUGGCCAAUUAUAUUUUCUCUUACUAUGGACACAUGUCUAUACCAGAGGACAACGACAGACACCGGAAGUUUGCGCAGAAGAUGAUAGAAGCAUGUAAAUUAACAGUGAGUAGUUACCUGAAGGAAAUGACGAGCAGUGUAGGGACACUACAACAGUAUCAGGACAACCUGCUGUCAGAAAUGGCUGGAUUUGCAGGAUGUGAACUAAUCCGACGGGUGGUUGGAGCAGCCCCCGUGGCAGACCUCCACAGCGCCUUCAGUCGACAGGACGCCCUGGGGGCCGGGACCCGCCUUCUGCUGGGCAAGGACAACAUCCAGUCAGUGGACAAACUCACGGUCAUCGCCCUCAUGCUGACCCACUAGACAACUCCAUCACUUUACUUCAUUUCCCACCUGUUUUAUUUUUUUUUGUUUUACACAUUUUGUUGCAUUAAAUGAUAUAUUCUUUAGAAAUACAUCUUU